AUGUGCUAUUUUCUAGGGUACUUGAGGUCACGUCCAAGUACUUGCCGAGAGGCCUGGUACUGGACGAAGAUACAAAGAAGGGUUGAUGGAAUCAUGGACUGUGCGGCUCGAAAAGGGAGAGACUUCUAUGGCCCAGAGGAGCGGUCUUUGCGUUUAUGUUGUUUGUUGCGGAAGUCAGCAGGCGUACGCAGGCUUCCUGGUCACACAUUGUGUGUUGUUUUGAAGCAGCUUGAGGUGCGAUGCUCCAGUGAUGUGAGAUGGAGAACAGAUGUCCCAAGCAGGAUUCCGACCUGCCAUAGUGCACCAUGA